CUCCUCAGGGUUUAAGAAAGUGCUGAGGGCCGGAUGACGUGGCAGUGGCUCGUCUAUAUUUGGCUUUGAAGAAAAGAAGCAGAAAAGGCAGCCUGCAAGUUGUUUUUGAGGAAUUCAAUAUUUUUUUCCCCUUCUUUCUUUCAUGCCAGACUUAACAACACACGCACACACACAGACCCCACCUGGGUGGGAUGCUGAGAUCUGAGAUUCCUCUCUGUGUGUCUGGUCUUUUUAAAGACUGCUAAAAGGAAGAGUCCACCCAGAAAAAUGAAGUGUCCUUCUAUUUAUUUCUAAGAUGGUGCUGCAGCAAGUUGUAACAGGAGCUGGUUUGUUCGCAGGCAGUGUUAUCGUUUUUAGAAACCUUGCCAGGGCAGACGAUGAAGGGGGGUUCGCCCUGACCAGAAAGCCUCAGGCAGCUUGAGGCUCUCCUACCUUUCCCUUCUACUUAGAGCAAUUACAGGCCUGCACCCGCAACUAUAAUAAUGGUAUAAUGGGAUGGCAGCAGAGCAGCAAUAAAAACCAACCCUGACAGAUUAACAGUCCUCCAAGUUCUGAGCUGUAAUUAACAAUGAGACCGAAAGAGGAACGGAGAGGAAAGAAAGGGCCUGGCUUGAAAGCUAGAAAAGAUAAAGAUAAAAAGAUGGAGUGAUUCAAUAAAAUUACAAUAAGCCUUAAAGUGGGAUGAGUGAGUCUCGACUACAGCUGCAUCUAUAAAUCACUGGCAUGGACUAAUUGUUUCCCCAGCUUCUAUUUUAUCAUUUCGAUUUUAAAAGUUUAUUUUGGCAUUUUAGGAAAUAUACAUUUUGUCUUCUGUGGUAAAUGUUUAGCUACUGCUGAUAGUCUGUGCGUUUAGCAAAACGUCUGGAAUAAUCUGGCUCUGUCCAAAGGUUUAAAAGCCCACUUACUAUCUCUGACGCUCACAAAUCACCAUGUGAUGCGGCGUUUGUUUAAUUUGCAUCGAAACCGAAUUGUAAAAACAACAAUUCAUCAUUUUAUGAGUGGAAAAGUACCAGACUAUUUCUAGUCUGGUACCGGGAACUUCCUUGACUCAGAUGGUCUCCCAGCAACAGGUCCUAUUUACGCAGGGACAUGCAUCCCAGGAAACAGUCAAUUGUUUUGUUUUUCCAGGCAUUUAACACGAUAUAAUUAUUGAGCUUGAAAAGCGUUGGUAUGCAGAUGUUGCUGUAACUUAUGAUGAAAUAAAUGUUCAAUGCACAAAGUAAUGCUUAUUGAUUAAUGACAUCAUUGGCGUUCAGAUUGGUUCUCCGCCCUUUCCAUAAUGCAGGUCAGCCUGGCGCCGGGUAACGGGUUCCAAUCAAGGAAAGGUAGCGGUGAUUAAGGCCCGUCCCUUCCUGUGAGGCCUCGCUCCAGAAGUAACAGGUCCUACUUAUGUGGAAAACAGUGGAAAAAAAUCCCCUGCGUGAUUAUUGAAGUGUACAAUAUUUACUUCUUUGCAGUUACUUUCCCCACGCAGUGGAAAGGGCGAACGGUGGAACAGCCGAGGAACCUGGAAAACUAAAUGCCGUCUGUGCGUUCCAGUAGACGACCGUGCUGUUCAUGUUCAGUAGGCCAGAAGAAAAUAUGUAUGUCCCAAUACACAUUAUGUCAAAUGCAGUAUGCCAAAAAUACCAAAUGUUUUACUGCAUCCGAGCGCAUUUUGCAGCACGCGAGCCACCAUCUGGUUGUGUUGCCCACAAUCCUCUGCAUGAGCAAGAGGGUCAAAGUUCAAGGCAAAGUAGUAUUUCUCAAUUGAAUGCAUACUGCAUGCAACCGUUUGUACUUUGUAAGGGCUUCAGUACUUACCAAAAGUUAAAAAUAUAUAAUUAUCUCUAUCUUAUUUGGGCUCUGAGGAGAACAGGAAGGGAUACGGUCGUCUUCACAAUAAGACAAGUUGGAAACUUGUUCAAGUGGAUCAGCUGCUGGCUCAGAGCUAGUUUCAUCUUCAGUUAGCAAUUAUCUCGUCCAAUAAGCAUCGUUCCAAAAAAUGUCCUUUUAAGCCCGGCGUGUCCUUGGGGGUGUUUACCUGCGGAGAAAGAUUGGUGCAUUUUUGUGGGGAGAAGAAAUUGUAAAAUGUGUGUGAGAGGAAGAUGACUCUUACCUUCAUAAUCACACACUCGCUGCACUUUGGUGGCAACCCGCCCCGCCACCACCACCUCCUCCUCCUCCUCCUCUCUGACAUCCAGUCCCUCCUCCUCCUUCUGUCUGAGCAUUUCUCACGGAGGAUCUGCACAAUAAUGAAGUCACAUCAUGCAGAAGGUCUCAGUGUUUUCAGCUCAGCUUUCAGACUGGAGUUCAUCUGGACCGGGGAUCUGUAAUUUACUUUAAUGUUUCCUCUUUUUUAAAUUCACAUCACAAGGACUUCUUUCAUAUAUCUUUCUGCGUCAUGUCUUUUUAUGUCAUCUGACUUUUUCCAUUUAUAUGAGGGGGCCCAACAGGCCCACCAUGGUUUUUCCAACAUAAAUCAACAGUUUCUUUUUACGUUUUAGUGCGAGCGGCUUUCUAUUUACAUAUAACUGGGAAUGAGAGGACCUCGUUUGUUUUGUGUUUGUUUUUAAAGCUGCAGCUCGAUUUUCUGGAAGUGGGUAUGGGCCAGUUUCCUGCUCCACAGAUGGGUCUUUCGCAGGCGAAAGCGCGUGAACCUGGCUGCAUCAGAUAGUUAUUAAUAAGUGAGCUGCUCCGGUUUUAGUUUGGAGGACUUGCGACAUGGGCUGAGCUCCUGUGAUCAGAAGUUUCUACUCAACGCGGUUGAAUAUUCCGAGGAUGGACGACGGGAAACGGAGACGGAUGACAUUUAAUGUAUCAAUUAAAGUGUAAUUGAAUAUAUUCACCUUUUCCUGGCGGAACGCGCACGCGCAAACGCACCUGCACGGGACGACGCGGAGCUUCUGACACAUUUCCAGUCAUAAACUGACCAGUCCAGAGCUCUCCGCCUCCCUCCCGGACCAUGUGGCUCCCCCGGCUCGCGCUGCUGCUGCUCCGGUUCUCCGGGGUUCUGCUGGUGGAGGGCUUCAACACGUGCCACUCCAUCAACCUGGACGAGCAGAAGUCCCGGCGCAUCGAGGCGGUCCGCGGACAGAUCCUCAGCAAGCUCCGCAUUCGCAGCCCGCCGGGCAAGGACGCGACCCCGCCGCCGGGCUCCGUGCCCCCGGAGGUCAUGCUGCUCUACAACAGCACGCGCGAGCUGCUGAAGGAGCGCGCGCGCCUGGCGGAGUCCGCGUGCGAGCGCGAGAGCAGCGAAGAGGACUACUACGCCAAAGAGGUGCAGAGGAUUGACAUGCUGCCCCCCCGCAGCGACACAAAUGCGCUGCUGCCUGUAACCCUCGACCCCCAUUACCGAGUCGUCCACUUUGACGUCAGUGGCGUGGACCUGACCAACAGCACCCUGGUCAAGGCUGAGUUCAGGAUCUUCAGAGCUCCCAACCCGCAGGCCCGGGCCUCCGAGCAGAGAGUGGAGAUCUAUCAGCUGCUGAAGCCAGAUGAAGAGAGCAUCUCCACUCAACGUUAUAUUGACUCCCGCACCGUCCAGCCGAAGGAGAAGGGAGCCUGGAUCUCUGUGGCCGUUACCGAAACCAUAAAGGACUGGGUGUCAGAUCCAGAGAACAAUCUCGGCCUCCAGCUGGGCGUCCACUGUCUCUGCUGCACCUUCGUCCCAUCCACCAACAACAUUGUUCCCAACAAGAGUGAGGAGCUGGAGGCUCUCUUUGCAGGUGUAGACGACGAGCAUCUCCGUCAGAUGAGGAAGCCCGGUCAGUUCAAAGGUCAGGCGGAUUUCAGCACCAAGACGCCGCAUCUCAUCCUCACCGUCCUGCCCAGUGACAGAGUGGACAGCCCGGCCAGGAAGAACCGCAAGAAGAGGGCGGCGGCCACAGAAACCACGACCUGCUCCCGGGGCUCGGACCAGGGGUGCUGCCUGCGCUCGCUCUACAUCGACUUCAGGCGGGACCUCAACUGGAAGUGGAUCCAUGAGCCCAAAGGUUACAAAGCCAACUUCUGUGCCGGCAACUGUCCUUACCUCUGGAGUGCCAACAACCACUAUAACAUGAUCCUGCCCCUGUACAACAAGCUGAACCCUGAGGCCUCCGCCUCGCCCUGCUGCGUUCCUCAGGACCUGGAGCCCCUCACCAUUAUGUACUUCAUAGGCCGCACACCACGUGUUGAGCAACUCUCCAAUAUGGUCGUCAAGUCCUGCAAGUGCCGCUGAGUUCAGCGGAAGAGGUGAGGGAGGAGGAUGACGACGGGACCAAGACUACAAAGUGUUUUGGCCGGGGGAGGAAGACGAGAGGCGGACCUCUGUUCAUUAAUCUUCUCUGUUUGAUCACCGUUAGCAGACUUUUGAGAUGUUACAUUGUUGCUCAAAUAUCCCAUUUUUUUACAGGCAUGAAAAGGUCUUCAUUCUCUGGAACUGUGCGUUUGAUUCAGGACACUGUUAAUAUCCCAACAUAGCUGAAUUAAACCUUUACUUGGAUAUCAAAAGGGGUGUUGUGUGAUUUGGCCCACAUGUGCUCGACAACAAAAGAGUUCCCUUGAUCAGGAUUUUGAUUCCACCUCGGACAUUUAUGCGCCGACGGCCGCAGACUGCUAGACAUGUUUGUUUUAGGUCUGGAGGUGUUGAUUGGAAAAAGGCAGUGGGGAAACGUUUGUAGACGGAGAUCUUUAGGCGAGGGUGGCAGAGCAGAUAGAAAAGAGAGAGAGAGGAGCUGUGUCCAGGCGGAGGCUCUGCCAGCUCUCUGCGGUUCCCAGGCUGAAAUCUGCCGGGCGUAAACAGGAUGUGAAAGAUUUCCAGACACCAACCCACCACUCACGGAACGCUGGAUUUAAAUGCUUUCCUCAUCUCUCUCCUCCCACCACAUAUCCCAGAACCGAGAGAGAAAAGAGAGGCUUUGAAAAUGAGACGUGGGAUGAUCGGGUUGUAUUUGGAACGGCUGCGAGUUUUGAUGGUGGUUUUUUGCAGGCGUAGCAUAUUUUUACCUAUUUGGGUCUGGCUCAAAUAUUCCGUAAUCACACUCUUGUCGUCCUUUUCUAAAUGUGCAUUUAUUAUUUAUGUUGACUUUACUAUUCCAAUACUGCGAUUAUAUUUUCAUACCUAUUUUUACCACCAGUCACACACACACACACACACAGUCUUUCUUUCUACACCCAAGUAUCCACAUUGACCACUUUUGAUAGAAUGUCUAAAUGCCGAAAAUACAAAAAAACAUCCCUGGGGCAUAUGUUAAAUAUAGACUCUGGUAUGCCAGUGGUUUGUUUGUGUGUGUGUGUGUGUGUGUGUGUGUGUAUGCGCGUGCACUUGUGUGUGGCUGGUGAGGUCAUGUGUGAUGGCACAUAAAUUAUUCCCUGCUUUUUUAUUUUAUUUAUUUAUUGUGUUUGUGACCGGUGUUCUUUCUGUGACAUUACAACGUCUGGACAACAUAUCAAUAAUAAUGUGUCAAUAAUGUAACCACCAUUUCAAUUGAAAGAUAGAAGAACAUGUCUCAAUAACACUCAGUGUUCAGAUCUGUUGCUAUCGUUUCUAUCGCAAUACAGGCAAAGGGCAAUGUCUAGUCAGUUGGCCGGUGCUCUAUGUGCUGACCCUCCAUGUGGGAGCGGAGCUGCAGCAAACAGCUGGUUCACUUCCACCGACAUGCAGAGCUCGUAAGAAAGGGACGCCGACCAGAUGAGAAAACAGUCAGUAAUUUUCAUUUCAUGCAUUUAAUUCACUCAGUACGAUACAAAAGCAGCCUUUACCGUGUGGUUAUUUCAAAUAAAACAUAACUUUAAAUUGUGAUAUAUAUAUAUAUAUAGAAAUAUAAAAUGACCUUUAUCGUGAUAGCAGACUUGUAUAGCUCUGCCCGAUGAGGCUUUUAAUGUCCUGACAUUGACGGGAGAUACAUCCAUCUUUACUGAGAUUUUUUUUCUAAGUGACUUCUGCCAUUUUAAUAAAGAGGUACAAACUGUUCUCCACCCA